AUUUUAGGUUUCGGUCACACUGGAAGUAACAUAGACGCCAAACUCAAAUUUGUCAUUUAUUUUGUGUAUCAAAUUAAAAAAAAAACACUGAAUUAUAGAAAUGGAGCAGUACAAAUUGAUUAAUGCGCAAUUAAUUCAUCAAGUGCAAAGUCAGCGAUUACUUAUACAUCAAUUACAAGAAGCAGAGAUUUUACUUAAAAGGAAGUUGAUGGAAGCGCAUGAAGAACGUUUAGCUGAGGCUCAAUAUAAUGAAUAUAAGUUAAAAAUUGCUAUAAAGAAUUUGUAUGAAUCUCUCAGUUUGAAUGCUGUUGACAACAAUAUACAUUUUUCAAUUAAUCGAGCUCAAAAGUCACAGUCGCAAUCGCAGUCACAACCACAAGCAUCAGAAAAUGGUCGAAGCACAAAAUCGAGCAGACUUUGCUCAGAAUUUCGACGUUCGAGCAUAUUAUUAGAAAGAAGCGCCACAAUAUCACCACGCCGAAGUCGUCGGUCAAGUAAAACAUUAAUUGAGGCAACGAGUCCCUGCGUUACGAGUCCUGUCGAUGUAGUCAGAACAAAAACUCCAGAGCCGCGGAGAGUGGCUGAAAUUCGGUCACCAAUUACACCUAUAGAGGAUAGACCAGAAGCAGAAGAAGAAGAACAGCCUGUUUCGUCACCACCCGUGAUUGAGGCAGGGCUCAUAUCGAUUAUCGAAGAAAGCGAAAAUGAAGAUAUUACAUUAUCCUCAACUAGUGAGACUGAUGAGAGCGAACAUAUAGUUGUGAACGAUACAUUGGAGGAAUCCGCAUUGCCAUUGCGCGAUGUGACCAACACUACAACUCGCAAACCACUCGGAAGUCCAUCGAGCAGCACUAAAAAUGUCGAAAGUACAAAGCACAAAUCAGGUGCCAUUCCAAAGAAUAAAAUAACUAUUUGCGAUAAUUUGGAAACAAGCAUAGAGCUUGUCCGGCACGAAGCUUACCAAAGGUCACCAACACAUCUGACAGUGAGUUCAGUGCAUAUCGAUUCUCAGACGCCGCGUCGCAGUCAAUUGAGUUUCAGCACUUUCAAGCCUGAUGUAUAUACGAAUGGUGGCUGCAGCACUCCAGUUCUGGAGCAACAAAAAGCUUGUGGCAGUGUCGCUCCUGCACCAAAAUCGAAACCCAAAAAAACACGGAACACUCAGAAUAGUGGUGAGCUACAGUCGAGCUGUGAGCUCACUCUCAGUGGGCGUCCUACUCGAUCUUGUCGGCCCAAAUCGCUGAAGGAGCCAAACCUUAUGUCUAAAAUGCGCAAUGAAAAUUCGUCUAAGUAGUUUUGAUGAAUGUUUUUUUAAUAUAUAUGUAUGUUUUGUAAGCCCUUAUGUCUUUCGUAU